AUGGUCUUGAUAUCUGUUUCCGCUAUUCUUGCUGAUCGAACCAUUCGUCGCUUAACGUAUAAGCUCGAUAGUGAUAUAACUGGAUUUGUCGGCGAUAAUAUCGUUAAUUAUGAUCUGACGCGUAUUGAUUCCAGUAGUCCAAUGUCAACACUGGAAAUUGAAACUGAACAAUGGGUGCAUGAUUGUUGCUUUCUGAUCACUUCUCAACCUGUUCUUCGUAUUCGUUUGAAACAAGACAAUAAUUAUCCGAAGAUUACUGCUUAUUUGCGUCUUCGUACACCAUUAUCAUCCCUUGUAAUGACAGGUACAGGCACACUGACAACUACCAAUACGAUACAAUCUGAUUCAUUGAUGAUCGAGAUCUCGGGUACUUGUAAAGCACAGAUGCAAGUAGAAAUAGCAUCCAAGCUUGAUCUGAUCAUUUCUGGUACAGGCCAAGUUACAAUGACUGGCAAUGUGAAAGGUAAUGGAUACAUUCGGCUGACCGGUAUCGGUGAGUUCGAUGGUCGAGCAUGUCCGAUGGAUACCGUCACUGUCGAUGUUGCCAGCAUCGGGACAGCAUACGUCGUGGGCAAUGAAGCUGUAGACGUUGCUGUCGGUGGAGUGGGUCUUGUAUACUAUCAUGGGCCAUUAAGAAAUCAACGUGUGAAUGGUUACGGAUCGAUCAACACAUUGACGAAUAUCGAUGGUAAAUUAUCACGAUCAUCGACUAUUACAAUCUAUACACCGGUAAACUAUUUCUUAAUACUAUUCUAUUAUUUGGGCUUGACACAUUUUCUACUAUAG